AUGGCAACCAUGGGGGCGAGACCAUGGAACUAUGUCGAAGACAAGUUGCGAGUCUCAUUGCCUAGCUCUGGAUUUAAGGCUAAACCACAUAUUGAGUCAAGAAUUAAGACAUUGAAGAGAGACUUCAAUAUUGUGUAUGAUAUGUUAAAUGGUCCAAAUACAAGUGGAUUUGGUAUGGAUCCGAUAAGAAAAUGCAUCGUAGCCGAAAAGUCCGUAUGGGACCCCUACAUUGAGUCCCCAAGAUCUGCAGCAGUUGACAAGAGGAAGAAAAGAAAAAGAAGUGUUGAUAACUUAACGGCUAUGACAGACAUAAAAGAGGCAGCUUCGAUUAUUGGAAGUGAAAUUGCUAAAGCUAGUGAAAUUUUUGGUAAAGCUAUUGGAGUUGAUGCUGAAAUUUCAAAAAAGAGAGAAAGGAUUGAUUCAGAGAUAAGAAAGAUUCCCAAUCUAGCUGUGGUGGAUGUUAUUAAAGUUGUGUGUUGUAUCGCUCAAUCGCCCAAUUAA